AUGGCGGAGAGUCAGGCAAAGUCUGGGGUCCGAGACCCGACGGAGCAGGAACGGGAGCAGGAGCCCGAGAAGAGGGCCAAGCUGCGCCGCCACCACAUGGAGGCGGCCAUCCGGUGGCACGCCCAAUUAAGAGAGGCGGAGGAGGAGGAGCAGCUGAUGUGGGAGGUCCCGCCAACGCCCCGAUAUACGGCAGAGGAGCCUAGGCCGGAAGGGAAGGACGAGGAGGAAGAGUGGGCCCCAUCUCCGGCAAGAUGGUUGCCGGAGGUGCCGCUGACGCCCCGGCACGAACCGGAGUGGCUUCGCGGCGAGGACCCGGCGAGCGAGGGAGAAGCGCCGAGGGCCACGCCUCCAUGGCGGCCAGCACGACCACCCACCCCGCGGUACCACCAGCCCGAGGCCAAGCCGAAGUCGCCGGAGACUCCGCCCCCCGCAACCGAGGAAUCGACGACGGUGCGGACCGACUUACCGGUGGCCCACGUCAGCCACAGCACCCGGGCAUUCGUAGCCGAGGGUGAGCGGUGGCGGCAGCAGUCGGUGGUGUGGACGUGGCCGGAGGGACUGGCGACGGAGGUAGCCGAAGAUGAGCUGCGGAUAUGGGAGGAAGAGGCUCCCCAGGUGAACACUCGAUAUCCCCGAUGGAGAGGCCGGGGGGACGCAUGGGCCCCACCGACGCCGAGUACGGGGCCAUCCAACACGAAAUGGGCAACGGACCCGGAGGAGCCGCCAUCGCGCGAGCGCCACAAGACGGGCCUAUUGAAAUCAGGUCGCCAAGAUGCCAGCACGCAGCAGCAGCAACAGUCAGGUCAUGUGGGGAGAGGGGCGGGGAGGCAGCACCGGGCAACAGCCAGCGGCGAGAAGCAGGCGGGACUCAGGUUCCGCACUCCAGCUGCUGGCGUCCCCCUGGUGUCGCGGUCCCCGUCGCCGAACCCCGAAUGGGAGGACGAGGAACGCAUCACGGAUGUAGAGCUGGAGGAGGAGGAGGAGGACGAGCCACGUCGGGCGGCGAAGGCCCGGAUGGCAUUCCGCCGAAUAAGGAGGGCCGCAGCCGGAUUCGGGCGGAUCCGGUUGGGCCACGCAGCGCCAUCGGGCCACCCGGAGGAGGCAAAGCGUAUGUUCGCAACCCGGGCAGAGGUGGUGCGGCGAGUAUUUGCGCAGCGGGCGGUGGCACGGGCAGCCGCAGCAGCCAGGGAUUGGCAAAAGCGGCUGGAUGAGGCUGAGGCCGAAGAGGCAGCAAAAUGGGCACGGCCAGGCCCUCCGGAGCAGCCGCCGCUGCAAGCACCUCCACCACCGUCGCCACCGCCGUCGCUGUCGCAGCCGCCACCACUGUCGCCGCCGCGGGCAGCAGCACCGCCACCGUCGCCGCCCCGGGCAGCAGCACCGCCACCGCCACGUUUUGCUGGCAACGGCGAUGGCGUUGGCACCCACGGCGGCGGUGGAGGCGGUGGCGUCUCCGCUCCGUGCCGUGCCGCCACCACUGUCGCCGCCGCGGGCAGCAGCACCGCCACCGUCGCCGCCCCGGGCAGCAGCACCGCCACCGCCACCACCGUCGCCGCCCCGGGCAGCAGCACCGCCAAGGCCACCACCGUCGCCGCUCCGGGCAAUAGCCCCGCCACCGCCACCACCGUCGCCGCCCCGGGUAUCAACACCCCCACCACCGUCACCGCCGCAGGCACCACGGCCAUCCCAAUCACCACGGCACGGAGCGGAGACGCCACCGCCUCCACCGCCGCCGUGGGUGCCAACGCCAUCGCCGUUGCCAGCAAAACGGCUCGGUGGGGAGUCGGAGUUCUGAGAGAAGGGGCCUUGGGUGUGGCCGACAUCAGGAGUGCCAGCCGCACGGCCGCAUAA